CUCUUUCUCUCUCUAGAUUAUUGCGCCUAUAAAUAAGUGUCGCUCCAUCCCCAAUUAUUCAUCACAAUCCAAUUCAAUUUCAUUAAAUCUUACAAAGAAAAAACAGAGAAAAUUAAAAAUGGCAGGAAUCAUCCAUAAGAUCGAAGAGAAGCUCGGCUUGGGAGGAGGCCACAAGGAAGAAGAGAAGAAGGCCGAACACAGCUACGCCGAGCAGAUCAAGCCCGACCACCACGGCGAGAAGAAGGCGGAACACGGCUACGGCGGCGGCGAGAAGAAGCCGGAGGAACACAAGGAAGGUCUGAUCGAGAAGAUCAAGGACAAGAUCCACGGCGGCGACGAAGGCGAGAGCGGCGAGUGCAAGGGGGAGAAGAAGGACAAGAAGAAGAAGGACAAGAAGGAGAAGAAGAAGCACUGCGACGGCGACGGCGAAGACAAACACGGCGGUAGCAGCAGCGACAGCGGCAGCGACAGCGAUUGAUCGAUCCGGCGCCGGCGGCCCCCCGUGUUUAAUUUUUCUUUAAUGUGUUUUUAAUUUGGGGUUUUUUUUUUUUUAAUUCUGAUGGUGAUGAUUAACGGUUUGUAAUAAGGGGGAAAUAAAGAAAAUCGAAAAAAAAAUAUAUUUGAAAAAGAAUUAUUAAAAAGAAAUGCCCCUUGGCUAUGUACUAGUGAUGUUUUAGUAUGUAGUUUUGUGUUUUAUUGUUGUAAUCGUCUGCAUCUUGCUUUUAGUAUAUUAAUUAAUAUUUUUCUUAAUUA